AUGACAGCCUCUGACCCUUGUCCGUUAUCAGCAUUUCUUGCAGAUCGAACCAAAAUCAGAAGACACGGAUACUUUGCAAUCAAUGUACCUUCCGUUGGGAACCCACAUCCAGAACCAAUUGAGUUGAUUGGCGGCUUGCCCAACCAUGGGUUCUUCCCCGUAACUGCUGCUCGGAUCGAGUUGAGAGACCGGCCCUUUGAGGCACAUCAAAAGACAGUGGUUGAGACCGCCGUUGUUUCAAACGAUCCAGACAAGGUGGACAUCAAAACAGCCUUUCAGUAUUCAAAUUUGCAAGGUAUCGAUCCUUUACUAGGGCAAAUCAAGGAGUUUGCCAGACGUGUAAUCAAACCCUAUGGACAAGAUUGGGAGAUUCUAGCUACGGCGGGCGCCCUAAAUGGUAUUGCAAGAUGUUUUGAUAUCUUUGUCAAUCCGGGAGAUGUUGUUUUAUUUGAGGAGUUUACGUUCACCCCCAUGCUACGUCCGCUGGCCGACAAGGGCGGGAUUGCCGUACCAAUUCCAUUAAAGGGAGUUCGGGGGAGCCAUAAUAUCGACUACUACGAAGAGUUGAAGCAUCUCUUGGAGAACUGGGAGACGGAGAAGCCUGGUUUACCAAAACCUAAGAUUCUCUACACCAUUCCCACGGGUCAUAAUCCUCUAGGACUAUCACAAACUGUUGAAACCAAGAAAAAAAUCUACAAACUGGCACAAGAACACAACUUUUUGAUUUUGGAGGACGAACCAUACGGAUACUUGACUUUUGACAAAGUCGACGACGAGAGCACCAAGUAUGAUUUGAGCAACGACGAGUUCAUCGAUGCAUUGACUCCCUCGUAUAUUUCCUUCGAUACUGACGGUAGAGUUGUUCGCAAUGAGACAUUCUCUAAGAUCUUCUCUCCCGGUUUACGUCUAGGGUUUGUAGUGAUCAACAAGAGUUUUGUCAAACAGUUCCUCCUGAGUGGAGAAGUGACCAUCAAGGCCCCAAGUGGAUAUUCACAGUUGUUUGUAAACAAUACGAUCCAUCAGUUGGGUGGUAUUGAGGGAUGGAUCCAUUGGAUCAUCCAAGUGAGAAACGAGUACUUGAGAAGAAAGAAUGCGUUUGUCAAGUCUGUCCAAGCCACUGAAGCAGCCAAGAGGGGGUAUCUUGAUGUCAUUGAUCCCGAUUGUGGAAUGUUUGUCUCCAUUUACAUCAACGUGGAGAAACACAGAGAGUUCAACGGAUCCAAUCACAAGCAAAUACUCGAACAGUUCUACAUCAAGGCAGCCGAAGCCGGUUAUUUGGCGGUCUUGGGACACAACAUGAGUGUAGAUGAAGGGUAUUCCGCUCCAAGAGCUACCUUUAUUCGUAACGCCAUCUCCUACGUGGACUCUCCACAAGUCUUUGAGGAGGCUGCAUCCAGACUGAACACCGCCACCCUUGCCCUCUUCCAAUAG